AUGGAGGACAUCCCUGCUGGUUCUCCACAACCCAUUAGCUGCAGCACGACAUCAUUCGAGAUAUUGGCUGCCAACCCUGCGACGACUGAACCCCAAAGAUUUCACAACUCAGAGUUUUGGGGUAGCAGAACAUUUCGAUACACCUAUGCUCUGGUGCUCCUCGCUCUCCUGGGGUUGGCCCUGUCGUUCAUGAUCCCACAAGGAGACACUUUCUACACAACGACGACUUUUGUAGUGAUUAUCUUCUACCUAGGCGUGAUCGGGAUGAGUGCGCUGAUAACAACCUGGUACAUGGGCAUCACAGGAGCCAAGUCUACCGUCUUGCCUUGCAUAUCGUCCACCUGGUACAAAUUCUACACCGGCGUUCUGUUGGGAUUCGGAAUUGCCGUGAUUGUCAUCGCAUGCAUUGAGACUCGCAAGACUCCUUGCGGAAAGUUCACAAGCGGUCCAGGUAUACAGGCUGAUCUGUUAGCAUGCUUGCGCGGAAAGUUCGACAAGACCGAGCAUCAUGAUAUUGUUGAUGGUCCAUAUAAUGGCACCAUUAGUUAUGGCUUCCAACGCCCCAACAAUGCAAGCUACGUGGUAGCUUACUACGAGGAUGAUCAGCAAAACGUUUUCAACUUUACUAGAAUGUGCUUUAGUACAGGAAGAGGCGGAAAUCUUCAGCCGUGGUUGAAGGAAAAGUCUAUGACGCGAACAUACUACGACCCUAAAAGUGAUAAGGAUAGAGAGGUAUAA